AUGGCGCCAGUUCCUAUGCCUCGUCGAUCGCGCCUCGAGGCUCUCGACCACUUCCUUUCCCAUCUUGCGGCCCACCAGCUUCGCCAGCUGCUUGGUCCGAGCCUAUACGGAAGUCGGUGGGCGCUACAUCGCCGAGCGAGUGCCCGCGGGCAUCAAGCGCCGAGCUACUUGCUCCUGACUUCCACCUCGCUCCUGGUCCCACCUCGCGCCCCAGACUCCACUCUGCUCGAGGCACCACUCUCGCGGGCGACCGUUGAGAUGACCACCGAGCCCAAAGUCGAGCAACUGCGCACACACCCUCGAGAGUCCGACUCGUCAAACUCCCGACUCGAGGUCCCGUCCACGGCGCGGACGACGCACGCGCAGCGUGUCUGCAAGUCCCACGAACAAGCCACGUCGGCGCAUGCAAGAGCAAGCACCGAGAAGGCCGUACAGACAGCGCCGGCGAGCAACGCGCUUUGCAUCUGCAGGACCUCGCAAGACGCGUCGAUGCGCGCCCCAAGGCCCCCAGAGGAUGCUUCCGCCAGCUCGAGGACGAGCCGCUGCGAAAGGACGAGCAGGGAGGUCGACGGGCAGGAGUACCGCGUCAGGUCGACUCUGGUGAGUACCUCAGUUCCCCAGUUUCCACCUUCCUCGCCCUUGCACACGUGUUGCAUGCUUCCGACCCCGUACUCUCCUCGUCCUCAUUCCGCGAACACGUCCUCGAUCGAUGCACUCGCCUCCAAGCGCUGCCCUCAUCCUCACACUGUCAUCCAUCCGCUGCCCUCUCCUUUGCUCGCCGUCCAUCCAUCGUCAUCUUCGGAUCUUGGCUUUCUGUCGCGCGAGGAACGUCAAGCCCACGUCCGCGCGCUCCACGCCUGGGUGAAGGCCGCUGCUGAACGGGCGGCGGUCGCACCAAAGCAUUGA